GUUUGAUAUCAGGAACCUGUUUUGAAAAUUUUCAGCCACUUUAAAUUUCAACACUGGGAAAGGUGGGGCUUUUUGUUUUCGGUUGAGCACUCUGUUUGCCAAACCGGAUGAGUUGUCAUAAUUGAGCGUUAAAUGUGGUAAAUGGUGGCUGCCACACAGCUGCAGUGGGUCCUUUGGCAUGGUGCUGGUGGCACAGCUCUGACUGACAGUGAUGCAAUUCCUGCGUCUAAACGGGAGAGAUAAAGGGAGAUCAUUUGAAAUGAUUUUAAAAUAGUUCUGUACUUUGUUGAUGGGAGUCAUAGAGAGGACACACCCUUUUCUUUUUUAUGAGGGAGGGCAAAGGAUAAACAGUUGAAGUCCAUCAUUCUUUGUAAUGCGGUCUCUUGCAGAGUAUUUAUGCUCAUCGAGCCAGUAAGCUGUCAUUCUAAAGCAGUUGAGUUGAGUGGCGGUGAACUCAAAGUAUGACAGAGAGGGAUAGAGAGCGAGCGCAGAGGGAAUGAGAGGCGGGCAGAGGCGUGUCCGGGGCCCCGCCCACGCCGCUCCCUCAGUUGGCACACCGCUCGGAUAUGGACUUUACCCUUCCUGUCCUGGAUGCCAUCCCCAUCCGGCUCCCCGCCUGCGCUCUCGCACCCGUGUUCUGGGCAGCUUGGACCAGCGCCACGCUCUGCUGGCGGACUUGGAGUCCACCACCUCUCACAUCUCGAAGCGGCCGGUGUUCCUGCCGGAUGAAACGCCGUACUCCUACCCCACCGGCGGGAACACCUACCAGGACAUCUCCGCCCCGCCGCCGGUGCCCCCCCCUCCCACGGCCGAAGCCCUCAACGGAGCUGUGACUGACCCCCCCUCGCACCACUCCUCCCAGCAGUCCUUUGGCUCAGCCCAGAAGAACUCGUGGUCCCAGGAGAGCAGCAGCCCGCCUCCCUCCCACGGCGAAGAGGACCACGUCUACAGUUUCCCCAACAAGCAUAAACGCUCAGAGCCCUCUGCAGCGGCCAUGAGCUCCUCCCUGGGCAGCAAUCUGUCAGAGCUGGACCGGCUGCUCCUGGAGCUCAACGCCGUGCAGCACAACUCUCCCUCCUUCGCCACCACAGAGGAAACGGCUCCCCCCCUGCCGUCCUGCAGCACCACUCACUACGCCCAGGAGAACGGAGGCUCCGCCCCCGUCAAGGUGCCCCCUCCCACCGUAGAGAAGCCCAAACGCAACGGCAGCCGCGGGAUCGAUGACGUGAGGCCCAGCGUGGAGAGCCUCCUGGACGAGCUGGAAAGCUCCGUCCCCAGCCCCACCCCCGCGCCUUCGGCGGUCCAGAACGAGCUGGCGGACGAGCAGCUGGAAACGGCCAGCCAGCAGCAGGCCCGAAUCUCCGCCUCCUCCGCCACGCGCGAGCUGGACGAGCUCAUGGCCUCCCUGUCAGACUUUAAGCCCAGCUCUCUGGGGUCUCUCAAUUCGGAGCCCCCCCUUGAACAGGGAGGAGAAUCCCCCGCCCCUCCAAAACCAGCUGUCCCUGCAGACCCCGCCCCUAGCCUCCCACCCACCCAUUCCACCUGCGAGUCCCCGCCUCUCCUCCCCCCAGUCACCCUGGAGCUGCACAUUGUGGAGGCUGGGGAUCCAGCGAGCGGCAGUAAGCCCAGCGACCCCCCCGCCGCCCCCGCUCCUGAGCUGGCCUCCAGCCCCAGCCCCAAACCGCCCUCCUCUGACAGCACCCAGGGCCCUGAGCCUGUCGCCCCGGAGCCGAAGGCGGAAGAGCCCGAGUCGGACGCUGUGAUCGAUGUUUCGGCCUCCAUGCUGAGUGCUCCAUUAGAGACCCUGGUGGUGCUGUCCCCCACCUCAGACCACCGGCCCCUGUCACCCCCCCGUCCCAAUUUGUCCCUCACUACCGAGGCCUCCGGGAGCCCCGUACCCCCUCACCCAGAGAGUCCUCCGUCUUCUGCCGCAGCUAAAGACCCCAGUCCCACGCCCGCGUCCGAUCACAAACCCUCCACUCCUCCGGUGUGUCACAAGAGUCCAACUCCACCCCCGCUCUCUACUGCCAAGUCUUCUUCUUCGUCUCCCAUUUCAUCCAAGUCCCUCACUCCACCCGUCUCCACCAAGUCCCCAACCCCACCUCCCGCUUCUGCUGCCAAGUCCACGUCUCCUUCUCCUGUCCCUCUGAUUAAGCCUGCUACUCCACCCAUCUCGACACCACCUCCUGCCUCUAAGUCCGAUGAACCGUUGCCCGUCUCUAGUGCGACAGCUCAGUCUCCACCCGCUACCCCCGAGACCAAGCCCAAAAAUCAGGAACCGCCCCCCAGCACGGAGCCCUCUCUGGAGGAGGCCCUGGACAACCUGCUGGCCAUGAGCUUCAGCCAGCCAGAGAAGAGCAGGGGGGCGCCGGAGGGGGAGGUGCUGCAGGAGGUGCGCGAGGCGGCGGUCCUGGCGGCCGACCGGAGCCAGGUGCUGCCGGACACGACCGCGAGGGAGGAGGACAAGAGGGACCUGCUGGACUGGAUGGACCUGUCGGAGGACGGGCGGGACGGGACCAUCACGCCCCUGACGGAGGCCAGCUGGAUGGAGGGGUCCCUGACCCCGACCUCCUGCCCCGGCUCGCCGGACGUGCAGAUGGACCUGCCCCUGCUGCAGCCGUCCGCCGUGGAGAGGAUCUCCGCCUCCGGCCACAUCAAGUCUGUGAUAAGGCGCACCAAGGAGACGUCCAACGUGCACCCCAUGUACCGCGAGGGGCACCCCCGGCGCAAGCUGGGGCCCAUCAUCUUCAACAAGAGCAGCUCGCAGGACCGGCUGAUCGAGGAGCUGCAGGGCAAGCUGGGGAUCGGGCGCACCGAGCGCCGCCGCAAGCAGCAGGACGACUGGCUGACCGAGGGCGUCAUCGUCAUGUCCAAACCGCAGCGCUCCCGCGAGGAGAGUCCCGCCCCCGCCGUGGACAAGAUCAUUAUUCCUCCAGAGUCGCCUGUCCCACAGAGGAAGGUUAUCCCCCCGCCCCUGUCCCCCCCGGCCCCUCGUCGCCCUCCUCCCCUGGAGGAGCCCAAAAGGCUACCCCCAGUGAAACAGACCCCUCCUCCGUUGCCCCCUCCGCCCCCACCUCCCUCUCCUCCUCCGCAACCCCCUCAACCCGUUCAGCCCCCUCCUCCUCAGCUGCCGCCCAAUCCCGAACCCCCGCGCGCUCAGCCCCCCAAAAAGAAAGUCCCGCCCCCGGCAGAGCCUCCCAAGCUGGCCCCCGUGGCCCCUCCUCCAGUUCAGGCCCCUCCCCCCAAGGUCCUGGUGUCGAUAGCCUGCCAGACCGAAGAAGACCCCCUCUUCCCUCCGAUGCAGAUAAUGGCCCAGGGGAAGGGCGGUGGGUCGCCCACAGGGCCCCGGAAACAAGUCAACAAGCUGGACAACAUGCUGGGCAGCCUGCAGUCGGACCUGAACCGGCUGGGCGUGCAGACGGUGGCCAAGGGCGUGUGCGGGGCCUGCAACAAACCCAUCGCCGGGCAGGUGGUGACGGCGAUGGGCCGCACGUGGCACCCCGAGCACUUCGUCUGCACCCACUGCCAGGACGAGAUCGGCUCCCGCAACUUCUUCGAGCGCGACGGGCAGCCCUACUGCGAGAAGGACUACCACAACCUGUUCUCCCCGCGCUGCUACUACUGCAACGGCCCCAUCCUGGACAAAGUUGUGACGGCGCUGGACCGGACUUGGCACCCAGAGCAUUUCUUCUGUGCCCAGUGCGGGGCUUUCUUCGGCCCAGAGGGUUUCCAUGAGAAGGACGGGAAGGCAUAUUGCAGGAAGGAUUACUUCGACAUGUUUGCACCCAAGUGCGGAGGCUGUGCUCGUGCCAUCCUGGAGAACUACAUCUCUGCGCUCAACUCCCUCUGGCACCCAGAAUGCUUUGUGUGCAGGGAGUGCUUCACCCCCUUUGUGAACGGCAGCUUCUUCGAGCACGACGGGCAGCCCUACUGCGAGGUGCACUACCACGAGCGCCGCGGCUCGCUCUGCUCCGGCUGCCAGAAGCCCAUCACCGGCCGCUGCAUCACCGCCAUGGCCAAGAAGUUCCACCCCGAGCACUUCGUCUGCGCCUUCUGCCUCAAGCAGCUCAACAAGGGCACCUUCAAGGAGCAGAACGACAAGCCCUACUGCCAGAGCUGCUUCGUCAAGCUCUUCAGCUAACUUGGGGGCGGAGGGCAGCAGUGCGUUUUUAUCCCUCUGUGCGUGUGCUCUAACAUCCACUGGUGGUGAGGUGGUGUCUUAGCUCAGUUCAGUCACAACGAGGAAUGUUGUUGUUUGUCUCUUUUGUGUGUGUGAAUGUUUGUAAUUUUAUGUAUGGUUGUGUGUGCGUGCACGCACAUGUAUUCGUGCAUGUUUGCAUGUGUAAAUACACAUGCUAGAGUGUGUGUGUGUGUGUGUGUGUGCGUGUGUACAUUUGCACAUUUAUGUGUGCGCAGACCACCAUGGGGAGAGGGGUAGAGCGUGACAGUGGAUAAAUUUGUGCGCGUCUUGUUUGUGGCUCGGAUUUCAUUUGUUGGCGCACCUCUGCCUGCCCCAAGCACGUGAUUGGCUGGGGCGGAAAGUGCAGGCGGAACGACAGAAGAGUUGGAAUUUUUAAGGAAGCCAAAUGAGUUUUGUUUUGUGAUUACUGGAGAAAUAUUGCGCGUUGUAGAUACAUGAAAGAGUGUUCAUUAGAAACCUUGGAGGUUGCUGCUCACUGGUUGAGUGUGUGUUUUGGAAACCUUUCAGAAUCAUGUGUUCAGAGCAUGGCUCAGUUGACCUGUGUGAACAAUGAUCAUUUUUGUUUUUAAAUCAUGUGAACCUCCUCCCCUUAAUCACAUGACCAACGUGAUGCAGUCCAACACAUGUCAUUGGGCAGAAUCUUUGAGAGAUUAGUGUCACUUAUUUGGUGUCUCGGUAAAUCUUUACACGAAGAGGAAAAAAUAUAUUUAUCUAAUAUGAGAUCUGAUUAUUUUUAGCGUGGACUUGGUAACAGGUCAGUGAUCAGGAACCGGUUGUAUUUUUAUUCUUGGGAAGCACACGGGGUGUCAUCUGAGUAGCUGAUCUCGUAAACACACACACACACACACACACACACUGAGCAGGAACUACCGUUCUGCCGCCACAUUUUGCACAUAUAGGGCGUCUUUCUCUGCUCCUAAAGAAAGCACAGUACAUGAGCAGUUGAGCACCAGAUGCUGUGUCUUUCUGUCUUUUCAAACCAGUGUACAUUUUUACUGCAUUUACAUUUUACAGCUAAAUAUGGUCGACACAGUGACGUGAUAUUUUUGUAAACUUUUCCUAUGGAAUUUUUCACAUUUAUGGAAACGCUUACAAUAAAAAAAAAAGUGCAAAACGUACACACAUUUUUUUCUACCAAGCUGAGUACGUGUAGAUAUUUGCCAUGCUUUUACACAGAUCCUUUUUGUUUAACAUGCAAGCAAAGGAAAUGUAUGACUACUUACCAUUUGCUCUUGUUUGGAAACUGCUGUCCUUUUCCAAUGGAGCACAAAAUGGGUGUUCAGGUAAUAAACAGCCAGCAGUAAAAAGGGCAGAAUUCUUCAAUGUGUCGAUCCCUUGAUGACAUCACUGGAGCGGAAUUCCAGGGACACCAGCGGCUCAGGCGCUGUUGUAGUUCUGUGCUCUGAGCAUCACCACUGUGCAGCUGUGCACUGGCCUUUCUGACCACGUGACAGCGCAGUUCCGUGUGUUCUGGGGUGCACAGCAAGUCAAAAUGUGAAAAUUUUCUCUCACUUGUUUUUUUCUUUCUUUUCCUCCCCUCUCUCAAAGAAGGCAGAAAGUAAGCUCUCUUCUGCUUUAUAGCAAAAAUUGCCUGUCUGAUGAAAUCAAUCCUUCUUUCUCAUCAAGUUUUUGUUGGUGUACAUCCUGAAUUUUUCGCACAGAAACCUUUGAAAUGAAUUGUUUCCUUUUUGUUAUGGCUAUAUAAAGGCAUAUGUGUGUUUUAUAUCUAAAGGAGAACCACUCUAGUUGAUUCACAUAAGCUGAUGUGAAUUGGAACCUCAGUUGUAUCUUCUGGAAAGACUUGUUGCCAUGAAGAUGAUUGUGACAUAACUGUACAAUGUUUCUCCAAAGACAUUUUACUUUUUGACUUUGUGAAUUGGAUUUGUCAAAUGUUUGGAUUUUCUGUCCCAGUAUCUCCAUGGCAACAUAAGGCUAUACUGGAGCGGUCUCAAAACUGCUGUUCUUUUAAACUAUGCAUUUUUAAAUGUUUUUUUUUUCUUUUGUGUUGUAACAAUUCAUCUUUGUUUGCCAAGAAAUGUAUCUCUUGUGCAAGUCUUAAUUUUAAUUUGGGCUUUCUAUGGGGAGAGAUUUUUUGCAAUGGUCCUUUUGUUUUAAAUGUAGAGACAAGCGUUGCCAUGAUUAUCAAGUAAAUAUUGGCAUGGUUACAGGCAAGGUUUUUAGACUAACGCUAAUAUCAAUGUACAGUAAAUUGACACAGGUCCACAUUGAAAUUCGUAACAGUGUUCAAGCAGCAGGCAUUGACACAUGCAGAUGCAUGUGGAUGCAAACACUCUAACCCAUGGAGGCCUAUGAUGGACAUUUGGGAGGGAUAAAACUUCUGAUAUCAGCCUAUAUGAAGGUAUUAAUAUGUUACAUUGGACAAAGGGUUUGUGUAUGAUGUGUACUGAGCAUGCCAAACUUUCUAGUCAGACAAAUUGAAGAAAAAAAGCACAUCUGAAAAAAACUGAUGAAGACAUUUGGCUGGCUAAAGAAAUAUGAAUAUGGAGGCUUGUGCUUUUUUCUGCUUUCACUCAUAAAAUUAUGUAUUUGCAUAUAUUGGAUAUUAUUUUAUUUUAUUAGUUCUUUAAAAAGUAAACAAAUGAGUCGUGUUCAUUUUGUUUUCCUGAUUUUUCAAACAAGUCGGGAAAAUAUAUUGCUGUAAAUGAAUCCCUUUGUAUUGUAUUUCCUUGCAUUUAUUUUCAAAGUAAAAAUCAGUGCUUGUGCCAAAAUUUCAAUGCAAUGUCUUUUACACUGUGCAGUUUUUUAUGGUGCAGCUUUCCAUUACCUCCUGGAAGUGGAUUGGUGUAGCUAUUAUGAUGUAAAAGGUAGGUAGUGGCAGCCAUGAUACAUCUGUUCUGGAUUUUUAAAAAGUUCUUCAGUGUCUACUAAAAGAACACAGGCGUGGCACUGUAGGGUAUGGAAAUUGUCCUAAAAUUCAGGGCCACCCUCUUUUGAUUUGUUUUUGGUCAUCCCGCUUCAACUGUAAUCAGUGUUGAUGUCAUGAUUUUGUGCAUGUGCACGCGUGCCCAUGUGAGUUUGUACAUUCACAUGGGUUUGCGUGUGAGUGUGUGGAGAGACAUCCAAUGGAACGAUCGGUCAUCACUCCGGAGUGUUAUUUAUACAACCUCAGGGGCUAUGCAAACAAAUGUGAAGGUAGUAAGUUUAGUGUUCAUCAUUCUGUUUCAGUUUGGUAAGAAGUGCGCCAAGACGAAAGCUUGAUUUAAAGAAGGUGGCUUUUGAGGACUACAGACGUGAGUGAGUGACUAAGGAAGUGUUUGCCAGCAGUUUCUCUGCUGUCUCUGUUAUGCAAGCGCUGUUUUACACUGGUUGGUCUUUUAGGGUUUUCUAUAUUUUAAUAUUCUGAUGCUGUAGGAGCCUUAUUGUUUAACUCUCUGGAACCUUUUCUUUUGGAUCUAACAACCAGUUGUUUUAAGUUUUCUUUUGUCCUGAUUCUCCCUGUACUUUGUGGGUUCUAAUUAAACCUUGCCAUUUAAUUGGUGUUUACAUCUAAAUCAUAUCAGAUUAUCUCUUCAUUUAACCAAAGGGAACUUCAUAAGACUAUUUUUUUCCAUCUGCACAUGAUUUUUUUCUGAAAUUAUUAUUAUUGUUAUUAUUAUUUCUCCUCUCAACGAAUCAAAUGUAACAGCCUUAAUUUUUUUUUCUUGGUCUCUGAACUUGGAUUUCUGAUCCAUUUCAUGCCAUGUGAUUACACCAAUAAAAAAAUCCCUUUUUGGUACCCUG